UGUCGUUUACGACAUGCCGUAGUCGGCGCGAAUAACAACAAAAACAAAUGGAGAGGGGGAGGCCGAGAUUGAAGGGUCGUUUUGUGUCAAAACGACGGGAACGCAAAUACGACUCCAUAAAAAGGGGGAUUCGACAGAGAUGGGAGAACACAAAAAUAGCCGAGACACAUAGCUAUUCAAAAAUCGCUUCCACCAAUGAAACAAUUGAGUCAGACGACUGUCACUCCGUUGACAAUGUUCCAGUAGAUCUCGAAGAGGUUGAGAUUGUUUACACUGAAAAUGUAAUAGACUCCCCUCGUCUUGAAAAGGACUGGAGAUGUGGCCGUAGGUUGAUUGAGCUUGGGGUACUUGCUGAUGGCUUGUCUGCCUGCAAGAAAUGUGGCUUACCCUUACAACUUUCCCACUGCCAAGGAAUAACCAACUUUGGUCUUUCAGCUAUGCUCAAAAUACCUUGCAUGAAUUCUGCUUGCAAAAUGAUCGACAAUGUUCCAACUGGAAAAAGGCAUAAUAAAAUUUGGGAUGCCAAUACAAAGUUAGCAGCAGCUGUACAACACACUGGGAUAGGCUUUGACCAGAUAAGUGGAAUACUGGCUGAGCUAAACAUGCCACCCAUCAGCAGAACACUACUUAGCAGCAGACAAGUAGAGAUUGGAAAAGCUACAGAAUGUAUUGCUUCCUUAUCGAUGCAAGAAGCUCUAGAAGAAGAAGUUAUGGCAACAAACAUAAAGAAACAGUCAUCCAGCAUAAGUGUCAGUGUAGAUGGGGCUUGGCAAAAGCGCGGAAGUGGCUGGUCAUAUGAUAGCCUUACAGGCCAUUGCUCAAUGAUGGGUGUAGAAACAGGGAAAGUCAUUGAUUACAGUGUCCGUAGUAAAACAUGCAAGAUUUGCGAGAAUGCGGAAAGGAAAAAUACACCACCUGCUCCACAUGAAUGUACAAGAAAUUGGACAGGAAGCUCAAAGUCCAUGGAGCCUGAUAUGAUAGUGGAGAUGGUAGGAAGGACACUGGAAAAAGGAGUAAGGAUGGAAGGACUGGUUGGGGAUGACGACACAACUGCUAUCACGCGAAUCAACAAAGAAUUAGAUGCAAAUAUCCAGAAACAGUCCGACAAGAACCAUGUAAAAAAGAACAUUGCAAAUUCCCUGUACAAUCUUCAAAAAUCGCAUAAAAGUCUCUCCACUAAAAUCAUAAGAUACAUUCAGAAGUGCUUCAACUAUAUGGUUUCUCAGAACCAGGGUAGCCCAAGUGGAAUUGAAAAAGGCCUCACUGCUUUGUCCUUUCAUCCCUUUGAGAAUCACAAAGAAUGUGAUCAACUUUGGUGUCACCAUAAAAGAGACCCAACCAAAAAGUUUACAUCCCUCCCUUAUGGUCGACCAUUGGAGAAUAAAGCUCUGCAGCAAGACCUGGAAGGCAUUUUUAACAAGUUAAAGAAGCAUUCACAGAAAUUAGCCAAUCUUGGAAGCACGCAACCAAACGAAAGUUUUAAUAAAACUGUGGCAUCCAAAGCUCCAAAAAAUCGCCUCUUCAGCAGAACAAUAACCUACAGGGUAGCAGCAAGUGUGGCACAAAAAAAUAUUGGUCAAGGCUAUCUGGUGCAGGCAAGCAAAAUUUCCAUUAUAUUUAAAAUUAGGCUUUGA